CUAUGUAGUCGAAACGCCUCUCGACGUGAGGCAAAUAAAUCGGCGCUCUGCUCACCGUUCGCUGCCACCUUCGUGGUCAUGUGAUUGCGAGGAAACGGCGCCUCGGAUGAGAGAAGGCUGCGCCGUGAUAUGUGGUCAAAGCUGGUUCUUCUAAUUUUCUUUCGCUGCGAGAAGGGCAGGUGCUUGUCGGGAUGGAGGUUAUCACAAAUGAGCCUUUGCUAAGAAAAGAGUUGGAAAGAUGAGGGAUUUAAGCUCCUCCGUUACUUUCUUUUCUGUUUUUCUUCUUUACCUCUAUAAAUCGCUCGAAUAUAGCAAUCAUCUUGCGUAUUUUUGUAGGCAUGUCUCUCUUCCACGAAAUUUAGUUUGCCGCUUUUUCAGGUUCCUGAGAAUUCAGGAAAUCAUUGUUUGGGAUCUGUUUGAUAAAAAAAAAUAAAAAAAAUUAGCCUUUUGCAGUGAGGUUUGUGUUAUUAGGUUAUGUCCAUUUCAUCGUUGUUGAUAAAGUAAAUUUUUUUUUUUUUUUUUGCGUUUUGAUAAAGAAUCUGUUACAUGAGUAGCAGGAUUUCUAUUUGGAAUUUGGGGAAUGAUGCUUAGGGUGAUUCUUUUGGUCCUUCUCCUUCUUCAUGAGACUACAGCUGCAAAUCUUCCUGCAAAAUGGCAGACCUUGAGUGGUGGUGCUCCUUUGGUCAUAGCACAAGGUGGCUUCUCUGGAGUUUUCCCAGAGUCCAGCCAAUAUGCCUACCAGUUUGCACAGGCAAAUAGUGUGAAAAAUGUUGUUUUAUAUUGUGAUCUUCAGAUGACAAAAGAUGGAGCUGGAAUCUGUCAUACGGAUUACAGGCUUGAUAAUUCCACAACUAUUUCAUCUGUCUUCCCUAAAGGGCAGAAAACUUAUCCUAUCAAUGGGAAACAAGUUCGAGGAUGGUUUGCAGUUGAUUUCACUUCAGAUCAAUUAUAUAACAACGUUUCAUUGAUUCAAAGUAUCUAUUCCCGACCAAGCAUAUUUGAUGGAAGUUUGCCGAUAUCCAUGGUUGAAGACGUUACUGAGCUUCACCCUUCUCAAUUCUGGAUAAAUCUUCAGUUCAACACCUUUUUCAAGGCUCACAAUCUGGAUGCUGUGGACUACAUUACCUCAGUUUCAGGACAAGUAGUUAUAGAUUAUAUCUCUUCUCCAGAAAUAGAUUUCUUAAGAAGUUUGAUGGGAAAACUCGGAAGGUCCAAGACAAAGCUCAUCUUUCGAUUCUUGAGCGUGGAUGAUGUAGAACCUUCCACAAAGAAAACAUAUCAAGCCUUCCUAACUGAUCUUGCCACUAUCAAGUCAUUUGCUUCUGGAAUUCUUGUCCCCAAAAGCUACAUAUGGCCUGUUAAUCAUGAUCAAUAUCUAGAGCCCCAUACUUCUUUGGUAGCUGAUGCCCAUGCCGUUGGCCUAGAAGUUUAUGCAGAUUACUUUGCAAAUGAUAUGCCUGCAAGCUACAACUAUAGUUUUGAUCCAACGGCAGAGUAUCUGCAAUUUAUUGAUAACUCAGACUUCUCAGUAGAUGGCGUGCUUACAGAUUUCCCUUCAACAGCAUCAGAAGCCAUAGCUUGCUUGGCACACAACGACAAGAAUGUUGUCCCUAACAAAGGUCGACCAUUGAUUAUAACACACAAUGGUGCAAGUGGAGUCUAUGCUGGAUCCACCGAUCUUGCAUAUCAACAAGCAGUAGCAGAUGGAGCAGAUAUAAUUGACUGUUCAGUUCAGAUGUCAAAAGAUGGAGUAGCCUUUUGUUUGGAAUCUCCAGACCUUAUGGGCCACUCAACAGCAGUACAAACAUUUAUGUCACUAGCUACGACAGUUCCUGAGAUACAAAGCAACAACGGAAUCUUCUCAUUUGAUCUAUCAUGGAGUGACAUCCUAAGCUUGAAACCUGCAUUGACAAGCCCCUUAUCUCAAGCUGGCCUGUCAAGGAAUCCUGCAGCUAAGAAUGCUGGCAAGUUUAUGACACUGGGUGAUUUUCUUAACUUUGCCAAAACUAGCACUGUUUCUGGAGUUCUAAUCAACAUAGAGAAUGCUGCUUAUCUUGCUUCAAAGAAAGGCCUUGGAAUAGUAGAUGCAGUCUCUACUGCACUUUCAAAUGCAAGUUACGACCAACAACCAAAUAAGCAAAUCUUCAUCCAGUCUGAUGACAUUCAAGUCCUCGCUGUGUUCAAGAAAAAUCCCAGCUACACUCGAGUGCUCUCCAUCAAGGAGACCAUAAGCGAUGCUCCCAAGCCAACCGUCGACGAGAUCAAACAAUUUGCAGAUGCAGUCGACCUUCCCAGAACAUCCAUUGUCGCUGAUUCAGGCUCCUUUAUUUCUGGCUUCACCGACGUCGUCAAGAAGAUGCACGCAGCAAACAUAUCGGUUCAUGCGUCUGUCUUCCGGAAUGAGUACUUGGCGAUAGCGUUCGACUACUUCUCGGACCCCAUGGUCGAGCUUGCUACAUUUGUUGCUGGUGUCGAAGUUGAUGCCGUCGUCACUGAGUUUCCAGCCACUGCAGCGGCAUACUUAAGGAGUCCAUGCUCAGACUUGAAUGCCAAGCUGGACUACUCAAUCUUGCCCAUAGAGCCUGGAUCUCUCCUCGCUUUGGCUCCGCCGGAAGCGUUGCCGCCAGCUGAAGCCCCUGCCCCUGCUCUCCAAGUCGCUGACAUUCAAGAUCCGCCACUACCACCGGUGAUCGGUCGCUCCCAGACGUCGUCGGUGGUUGCUCCUCCGACGACCUCUCCUAGUGGCCAACCGACAAAUGCUGCGAGCCUUUCUGUCUGUCUCUUGGCGGCGGUGCUCAGUUGCCUGUGCGUGAUGUAUCAGUGAUGGUGCUCCGUACAGUUUGUCUCAUUUUAUGAAAUGGAAAAAGUUGCCUAUUAAAAUUUACGGGUGUGUUAAAAAAAAACAAAUGAGAUGGUUAAAAUGAAAGAGUAUUUCAAAUAUGAACUAAAUGGAAAAGAGUGUUUUUUAUAUAUAUAUUUUCUGUCAAGUAAUUUUUGCAUUU